GAAGUCUGAGAUCAGUAUGAACCAGCAGAAUGAAAAUGGCAUACAAUUCCGAUUUUCGGUUCUCAUUUCUCUUCGAUUCCAUCGUAGUCCUUGCCCUGAUCGGGACUGCUCGAGGCGGUGGCAUUGCCACCUACUGGGGCCAGAAUGGCAACGAGGGAACUCUCACCGCAACCUGCGCAACUGGAAAGUAUGCCUAUGUAAACAUUGCGUUCCUCAACCAGUUUGGGAACGGCCGGGCUCCGGGUCUCAACCUGGCCGGCCACUGCAACCCGUCGGCCGGAGGCUGCAAGGGCGUGAGCACUGGCAUAAGGAACUGCCAGAGGCAGGGCAUCAAGGUGUUCCUGUCCAUCGGCGGCGGAGUCGGGAGUUACUCCCUGGCUUCCAGUGCUGACGCCAGGAGCGUGGCGGACUAUCUCUGGAACAACUUCCUGGGGGGCCAGCCCUCGUCGCGCCCGCUUGGAGAUGCAGUGCUCGACGGUAUUGAUUUCGACAUAGAGCUCGGGUCCACGCAGUUCUACGACGACCUGGCACGGUUCCUGUCUGCGUACAGCAGCCGGGGCAGGAAGGUGUACUUGACGGCGGCUCCCCAGUGUCCGUUCCCGGACAAGCACCUGGGAGCCGCUCUUAACACGGGACUCUUCGACUACGUCUGGGUUCAAUUCUACAACAACAAUCCCUGCCAGUACAGUCAGGGCAAUACCAACAACCUCAUCAGCUCAUGGAACAGGUGGACGACCAUAAACGCAGGGAAAAUAUUUAUGGGCCUGCCGGCAGCUCCGGGGGCAGCCGGGAGUGGAUACAUCCCACCGAAUGUGCUCAUAAAUCAGGUACUUCCGGUUAUCAAGAGAUCCGGCAAGUACGGAGGCGUAAUGCUCUGGUCGAAAUACUUCGAUGAUCAAAAUGGAUAUAGUAAUGCAAUCAGGAGCAGCGUAUGAGUGUAAUCGUUCUCUAUGCCAAGUACCAUUUCUGUGUAAGGUCCAAACACUAUGUGUGGAAUAAGAAUCUAUGAAAAACCUUAUAGGUUUUUUCGAUGAAAACAGAAAUAUUAUCUAGCGGAACGCGGAAAAGCCCGUUUCUUUCCAGUA